GAAAAAUCUCGAUCUGUGUCGGAGGUCAACAGACAAAUUUCAAAUUCUAGCAGCUGUGCAGGGCGCCUUCCUAGACCUUGUCGGGCGCGAGGGGUUGCCCUGCACGUAGGUAGAAGAGCUCGUCAGAAGAGGGUCAAAAGGGCUUUAUAUCUUGUUCUACAUCCGUUUUCCUUCAUCGUGUCGGUGGAUGUUUGUGGGGGGUGGAUAAAAGCAGCAUAGAAGAAGGUUUGCUUGUUUUAGGAGGGGCGACGUCAGCCAGAAGCGAGCAGCGCCAGGUGCAUAGCUUUUGCAGUCAAUCUUACAGGUAUUGUGUUUGUGAAAAGGUAUUCACCUCUUCUUGAGGGUAUCUGCAUCUUCUAGAUAUGGAGGCAACUGCGGCGGGGUCGGCUCUGGCGGGGCACUCUUUAGCGGGCGGCCUUGCUCUGCAGAGAUCCAAGUCUUGCUCCAAGCCCCAUGUUGUUGGCACCAGCGCUUCUAGCAGGAGUGUAGUCUUCCCCCAUUAUAGUGCUCGCCCCGCAUCCUUAGAGGCGAGGCAACUCUCCUCCAAACUUGCAUCGUCUAGCACCCUCAUUCAGCAGGCCGAAGCAUUCCAAAUAGGACGGCCCCAAAUAGGACGGCCCCAAGGAAAGCGCGGAGCAAAGGUCGUUGCUCUCGCGGGAGAAUUGGAAGAGGCGUUUGCGGCUAACAAGAUUGCACGGGGCUGGUCGACAGAGCAGCUCGUCUUUCCUGUGGUUGAGGAGAACAGAGCAGACGACAAGUGGCUGCAGAACCCCUUGUUGAGGCUGGAGAGGUUUGGCGUGGGUUGGUUUGGGAUCAUUCUUGAUUGGGAGGGAGUCCUGGUGGAUGAGGAUCCAAAGAUUGAGAGGCAGGUGUGGGAGGCGCUUGCAGAAGAGGAGGGGCGGUCUCUACCCCCUGCUUGGCUCUUGAGGAGAGCUGAAGGGAUGAAGACAGAGCAGGUGGUUGCGGAGGUGCUUUGCUGGACGCGGGACCCCAUGCAGGUCCGACGAAUUGCGCGGCGGCAAGAGCACCUUUUCCAAGAGGCUGCCGGGGGCCAGUUCACCCUCAUGCCCGGCGUGCGGCACUUCCUUGACACCGUCAAGAAGUAUGGCGCACCCAUGGCGCUCAGCACGACGAGGCCCCGCGAGUACGUCGAGCAGGGCCUCUCGCAACUAGGGCUGCAAGAGUACUUCGACGCAAUCAUCGCGCCAGACGAUGUCGCCCGGGGAAAGCCUGACCCGGAGAUGUACUCUUACGCCGCGCAGGCAAUUGGUAGGAUACCGUCAAGGUGUGUUGUGAUCGGGAGUGUGAACGCGUGCACGGAGGCGGCGCAUGACGCUGGGAUGAAGGCGAUCUCGGUCGCAAGUAGACACAUGGUCUGGGAGCUGAGCGCGGCAGAUUCAGUUGUCCGGAGUUUGUCAGAUCUGGACAUCAGGGGGCUGAAGUUGAUCAUCUCUCAGGAGCAGCCGCAGCUGCAACUAGAGAUGGAGAUGGAAGAGGAGAUGGAGGAGCCAGAGGCGGAGCCCGAGAGCAGGAUUGGGUUCAGCGACGACUGGUAGCAGUAAGACAGGAUUGGGGGUGGCUGGAAGUGCUUGCAAGCUCCUCAGGUGGAGCUUGUCAUAACCAGACGGGGAUGGUGCUGACUGGUAAUGGCAGGGCGUGAGGAAGGAAGGUGGUAAAUUGGUGGUGCUCAGCUUUGUGCGGAGAUAGUUGGGGCGCCGGGAAUGUGCUAGGGGGAUGGAUGUCCAGAAUCUGAGCUAAGCUGGCUCAAAUCUGGCUGGACAAAGGACCGUGUUGGUGGAGAACGGGUGGAUAGAAGGACUACAGCAGCGGAGAGUCCUUAUGUUGUAAGUUAGUGGGAAAAGCUUUCUUGGGGCACCGCAUGGAGGAUUGAUCUGCAAUAAACGCAGGUUGUCUUUGUGAUGUUAGCCGCUUGAAUAGUGACCUGCAUUGGGAAAAAGCAAGGCAGGUGGCUCAUAUUUGCUGAGAGCGUGUUGAUUUGCACCGCAGUUACCAUUGGCUCCAUAGGUCAGAUUGUUUGUACAUAUCGACGGUGCAUUAGAUAAGACAAUUGGCAGGGAACAUUCAUUGCCAGGUCUGACAUGAAUCUGCUGGACCUUUGUAAAGAUUGUUCUGAAUUGCUCUUUGUUAUUGUUCAUCAUCCAUGCUGGUUCUUUGAAAAGGUCUUC